AUGUCGUUCCUGCGUUCUUUUUCGAGAGUAAAUUCUCUGGUACUCAAAAGAGCGUCCUCAAACAGUAAAUUUGUCCUGGGACAAGUUGUUGAUGGAAAAUUAGUGGAGCAUAUUUUCGAGGAAAAAGAAGUGAAAAGCCUCUUAUCAUCAGUUGUCGAAGCUUCCAUCGACGGAGAGCUUCACUAUAUCUUCCCCUACCCAGCUCGAAAACACCUUGGAACUCAGGAAGGAACAAUCAUCAGUCUCCGUCGAACUCCAAAAGGGUGCGUGAGGCGAGUCCGAUGGGUGCAGAUGAGAGGAUACAGUAAACUCGAACAGUACCUCUUUGAGAACUACAAAGAUCAUCACUUUUGCCAAUUCAAUGGAGGAGACGGUGGAAAGGGCGCUGUCUAUUUCUCCCGCGACGCUCAAAAUGCUUACAUGGGACCAACCGGCGGCAAUGGCGGUCGAGGAGGAAACAUCUGGUUGCGCGCCUCUUCCAAGCUCUCUUCCCUCACUCAUCUCAAAGAAAUCUACACAGCUCAAGACGGCAGAAACGGCGGAAAAGACCAUCAAUACGGAAGAAACGGGAAAGAUCUAACAAUCGAGGUGCCAAUCGGAACUUUGGUGAAAAACGCGCAGGGAAGCGUCAUCGUCGAUCUAGUCAACAACGGCGACGGGUUUUUAAUCGCUUCUGGAGGAGCCGGCGGCUUCGGAAACAAAGAAUUUGCGAAUGUCGACAAUCCAACGCCCAGAAAUGCGCUGCCGGGAGAAGAAGGCGAAAUCGUCAACGCGGAAAUUGAGCUUCGAUCAAUUGCUGAUUUUGGCCUCGUCGGUUUGCCGAAUGCUGGAAAGAGCUCGCUGACGAUGACGAUUACAAAUACCGACUUGGAAGUUUCUGACAUUCCUGGGACGACGCUGAUUCCUCAUCUCGGCCAUCUAACUUAUCGCGACAAAGUGAGCUUGUCGAUUGCUGAUUUGCCCGGAAUAGAGCCAGAUCAGCCAAGAGCGACUCGAUUUCUCCAGCACUGUGCCAGAUGCGUCUCCCUAAUUUAUCUCAUCGAUGGCGACGAUUUCCACGAACAACACGCGGUAGAGCAGUUUUAUACAAUCAGAAAACACUUGGCAGAUUAUGACGCGAAGAUAAACGCGGAAGUCAGGGAGCUAGAACUGGCAAAGUCGCAAUUUCAAGACCGCUUCGAUUCUAGCAGCUUCGACGAAAAGGACGAAAGAUACUCUUCUCUGGCAGAAAAGCCGUUUAUCGUCUGCAUUUCUAAAGCAGACCAGCCUGGAAACGAGUACCGAGCGAAAAUGCUCAACGAUGAAUUGAAAAAUUUCGAAGAUAAAGCGCUUUACUACCCGAAAUACCUCCACCACUCCCAGGAAGUCACCGUCGAUGCCGCCUGCACCGUUGAGGUCAAGGCCCGAAUCGUCAAGGUCACCGGUCCCCGAGGCUCCCUCGAGAAGAACUUCCGACAUCUUAAGGUCGAGAUGAAGCAGACCGGUCCCCGAUCGAUCUUGGUCGAGAAGUGGAUGGGUUCCUCCAAGGACCGAGCCGCCGUCCGAACCGUCUGCUCCCACAUCUCCAACAUGAGCAAGGGUGUCACUCUCGGUUUCCGAUACAAGCUCCGAUCCGCCUACGCCCAUUUCCCCAUCAACUGCGCCGUCGUCCAGGGAGGUGCCGUCCUCGAAGUCCGAAACUUCUUGGGUGAAAAGUUCCUCCGCGUCGUCCCCAUGGCCGAAGGCGUCACCGUCGAAAUCUCCAAGGAAAUGAAGGAUCAGCUCUACGUCUCCGGAAACGACAUCGAAGCCGUCUCCAAGUCCGCCGCUCGAAUCCAGCAGUCCACCACUGUCAAGAACAAGGAUAUCCGAAAGUUCUUGGACGGCAUCUACGUCUCCGAGAAGACCACCAUCGAGCAGCCUGCUGAUGAAUAA